UGGAGCCGAGGCGGCGGAGGUGUGUAGCGGAGCCUGGCCUGGGCAGACGCGGGCCACAGCACCUGGCUCGGCGGCGGCGGCGGCUCCGGGGCGGGGGCGCCAGCGGCGAGGCCCCCUCCCCGGGGAGGCGGGGCCGGGCCGGCGCCGGGGAAUCAUGCAUCAGAAGCUGCUGAAGAGUGCCCACUACAUCGAGCUGGGCAGCUACCAGUACUGGCCGGUCCUGGUGCCCCGCGGCAUCCGCCUCUACACCUACGAACAGAUCCCGGUGUCCCUCAAAGACAACCCGUACAUCACCGACGGCUACCGGGCCUACCUGCCGUCCAGGCUGUGUAUCAAAAGUUUGUUUAUUUUAUCCAAUGAGACGGUGAACAUCUGGAGUCAUCUGCUGGGUUUCUUUCUCUUCUUCACCCUGGGAAUAUACGACAUGACAUCCGUGCUGCCCUCAGCCAGUGCAUCCAGAGAAGAUUUUGUAAUUUGCUCCAUUUGUCUUUUCUGCUUCCAGGUCUGCAUGCUUUGCUCAGUGGGUUAUCAUCUUUUUUCCUGUCAUCGGUCAGAAAAAACUUGCCGAAGAUGGAUGGCCUUGGAUUAUGCAGGCAUUUCUAUUGGAAUACUGGGCUGCUAUGUCUCGGGAGUAUUUUAUGCAUUUUAUUGUAAUAAUUAUUGGCGUCAAGUGUAUUUGAUUACCGUACUUGCAAUGAUCCUCGCAGUGUUCUUCGCGCAAAUUCAUCCCAGUUACCUCACUCAGCAGUGGCAGAGGCUCCGCCCUAUCAUAUUCUGUUCUGUUUCGGGCUAUGGAGUGAUUCCUACUCUCCACUGGGUUUGGCUCAAUGGAGGAAUCAGCGCCCCUAUUGUACAGGACUUUGCGCCCCGAGUCAUUGUGAUGUACGUGAUUGCUCUUCUUGCUUUCCUGUUCUACAUUUCCAAAGUUCCGGAACGCUACUUUCCAGGACAAUUGAACUACCUCGGAUCCAGCCACCAGAUCUGGCAUAUCCUCGCAGUGGUGAUGCUCUACUGGUGGCAUCAGUCCACAGUGUAUGUCAUGCAGUACAGACACAGCAAGCCUUGCCCUGACUAUGUUUCCCACCUGUGAAUCCAGUUUCCUAACAACAACAAAAAUUAAUUCCUCAUUUGAGAAAGGUAUUGAGAAGAGGAAAUAAAGGUGCACUGCUGUUUUUAAAAGCAAUAUUAGACUGGCAACGAGGGAUACGACUGAGCCACACAAAGUCUGACAGCCAGAUUAUCAACUACCUAAUUUUACGCCAGAUAUUUACUUCCAUAUUCUAAUUGGAUUCUUGACCCUGAAUUUUGAUCCCAGUUUUCCCAAAGAACUCUCAUCUCUAACUCUAUAGUCCUAAGUCUCAUGAUGAAAACUAUAUGGGUGCUACUUUCAAGGCCAUGCCAUCUGGGUGACCGUGUCUUGACCAUUAAGUGAACCUUAAGCCUUAGAUUGCAGAUGUCUCAUCCACUGGAGAGAUUAUUCACCUCUGCGCCUGCUUAUACUUGUACUAACAUUUCGUUGACAACAUCAAAACAUAUAUAAGUGCCAUGUACAGUUCGGAGCUGAAGCGUUAGUCUAGUUUAUACUUACUACAUCUCCCUGCCCUGUUAGGGAGUGCACCUCUUAUCCUUUGGUCUUUCUAAGUGCAUAUAUUAAAUCAUUCACAGCACUCAUGAAAACUUCUGUUUCCACCAAAUAUAAAGCGUCACCUAAGUUUCUUAAUAAGUUGACAAGCUGUUUUAAAUACUGGCAUAUUUUCAGAAAAAAAAAAAAUGGAAUUAAAUAAUAUAUCAUAAAAAUUUUCUUGGCAUUGAUGUUUGUUCCCUAAAUGUACUUUCUGUACCCAGUAUUAGGAAAGUUGAUAUGCCUCAGCUUAUACCUCUGCAGAGAUUUCUUUCUAGUGUAGUGGUUUUAAAAUUUAAAUUUCCCACGCUGGUGUGUUAGCAAGAUGUUUUCCCCCAGUAGGCUCUGGAAAGGCCACCAUUUCAUAACCGUUGUUAUGACGGAACACUAUUUGACAGUGGCUGUUGUAACUUAAGUCACAAAUCCUAUUCAUAUGCUCAAUUUUAGAUGAUCUGCACAUAACAAAAGUACCAUAUAUUUUUCAGAAAAUGUCCUUUAUUGGCCUGUAUUGUUCUUGAAUACACAUUUUGUCAUUUUGGACAGAAGAAAUAGUAAUAAUGAAAUUCCAAUAAUUUUAAGCUAAAUGUGGAGCCAUUUUUAAUAUGAACUCUUCUCAAAAAAAAUACCGAGUCUUUUAUUUUUUUUUAUUUUUAUUUCU